CUUUAGUGUUCGCAGUCGAGGAUCAGACAUCUUUCACAACCCGAAAAAAACUAGAUCUGCUUUUUUAUGUAAUGUCCAGACACUCUCGAUGAUGAGAAUGAAGUAACUAUUGAGAUAACACCGUAUAUGGAUAAAGUAACUUCAAGAUCGACGUGAAGUUGCCGCGGCUGCAUAUCCCCUGCAUUGGUGCAACCCGAGUGAGACAGAAACUGCUGAAAACGAGGAUAAGACGAUAAGAAAUAGAACGACACAAACAAAAGGUGAAAUUCACAAUAAAUCGUCUCUCAGCUUCGAAAAAAAAUCAUUUGCUUUGACAUGUGCAAGUGAUAAUCACAGUCAUUAAUUAAAAAUGCAAGAGGACGUGUUCCCUGCUGCUGAAAAAAUUCUCUCGGACAUUGAGAACGUGCUCCGAAAGGAUGUGAAUCUCCAAAGUUUCGAGAUAAUUCCCUCCCCAGACUCCGAGAAUCGUUCUCCCGUAUACCACGACGCGAACUCACUGGGUCUGGCCUCCUGGUGUGUUCAGCCGCUCUACACUUAUGCCUAUACCCGCCUAAUGGAGCUUCGCCUCAACAAGCUCCGCCGUGAGGAUCCGUCCACCGUCUCCAGAUGGUUGAUGGGUGCCCUCCUGCUCAAUCCCGACGUCUCGACUUUCUGGAACAUGCGCCGAGAACUGACGAAAAACGGCCGCCUGGAUCCACUGGAGGAGCUACGAUUCACCCGGGCCGUUCUCCAUCAUAAGGCCAAAUGCUUCGAGGCCUUCUCCUACCGGCGUUGGCUGGUGCAGUUCACUCUCAUCGAGCAGCAACAUCCGAACGUCGACGUGGAGUCCCUCCUCAGGACCGAGAUGACUGUCUCAGGAAUAUCAGCCGAUCGUUAUGCUAAUAAUUAUCAUGCCUGGAGUCAUCGGGAGCACAUGAUAUCGACUUAUGAAGCGCUCUGCCCUUCCAGUUUAGGUUCUCUAUUGGUGUCCGAGUGGGAGAUCUCGGGUAAGUGGUGCAGCUGUCAUGUGUCGGAUCAUUCCGGGUUGUCUUAUCGUCAGUUCCUUCUCAAGCGACUGCUACUUCUGGAGAGACAGUCCACUGAGUCCAGACUUGCUGUUGUCCCCGAGGAAUUGGCCAGACAUCGGGACGUCAUUCUGGAUUACGUCAAGGGAGCCAAAGACCCUAAGGAGAUGCUGCUGAAUGACGGUGGCUCAGCGGAAGUUCUGGACGUCCUUCAUGGGUGUGGAAGGGGGAGGAGGAGUGGGGUUGACUACAACAGGGUCUUGAUGGGGUUGUCCUACUGGGUGGAGGACUGCAAGCUUAAUGAGGAGUUGAUUGAAGCCUUCCCCGGACAUGAGGCACUCUGGUACCAUCGAAGGUUCCUCGCUUUUGCCUUGAGGAGAAUCUGUCUGGGAUACUUGAAGAAUUCGUGUUAUAUGGCAGACUGCUUCGAGUCAAGGGACUCUAUCAGCCUGAAGGGGGAUGAGAGCGAUGACAGAAAGUGUCUCCUGGAAGUGGCGUUCGAGGAGAGGAAUGUGGAGAUUGUUCAGAGGGCGAGGAAGCAGUGUCAGGGGAAUGUUGCGGAGAAGUUUAUGAAGUUCUUGGUGGUCAGUGGACUCAGGCUGGAACCUUGAGGAAGGGGGAGAGAAUUGAAGAGGAAAUGUAUUUUUAAAUAAACGUUCUUAGAAAAAAUAAUGGAGUUGGGUUAAUUCGGGAGCUGUUCGAGAAUUUCUGGAACUUCGCGGAAAAUCCGAAUCUCGUUUCUUCUUCAAUGAAUUGUAUUGAUAUAUUUUCAUAGUUCAAGGCUGUUUUUUAAAUCUUAAUGCUGAAUAUAAACUGCUUGAAAUUGUUAUCAAUAUUUAUUCUCCUGUCAUUAAUAUCGAUCGAGAUUAUUGAUCAAUAGCUUUCUACUCAUAAAAAGUUAACAGCCGAAACGAUUCGUCAUUGUUAAUAAACUUUAUCAUAGAAUAUUC